CCCGCCUUCCAGAGUCUCCGCCCUCGAAGCGGCUGACUCGGCCGGCGGUCCGCAAUUCUUCCCGGCUGGAUUCCUCUCCCCGCGGGAUUGGGCUGUCCUGCACCGCUCACGCGCUCGGCUGCGGUGGCUGCUUUGGCGGGGAAGGAGGAGUUUGGGGAGAAGAUGAAGGCAGCGGGCAGCAGCUGAGGCGAGGGCGAGGCGAAAGCGAGGGGCGACGGAUAGAGCAGCUCCCGCCCGGGGUUUCUUCUCCAGCAAAGGGAAUGGCUUACGCCGGGGCGGCGGGAGACGAGGAGCCUUCGCCCGGCACCUCCAGCCGCAGAGAGGACGAGGGCUACGGCGGAGGCCAGGCUGCUGCGAUGCUGCGGGAAGCCCUCUCGCUGGAAGAGAUCCUCAAGCUCUACAACCAGCCCAUCAACGAGGAGCAGGCGUGGGCCGUUUGCUACCAGUGCUGCGGUUCCCUCCGCGCCGGGGGUCGCCGCGGAGAAAGCCUGAGCCGCCGAGUGGAGAGCCCUGCCGACAUCCGCAUCUGGAGGGAUGGGACCGUCACUUUGAAUGGAAGCGGCGCCGCUCGAAGCUCGCCCGGAGCAGGUAAAUCUGAACAUUCACAUUUUUCUGAAACAAAGGUUAUAGAAUCCCUAGGAAUUAUUAUUUAUAAAGCACUGGAUUAUAGCUUGAAAGAGAAUGAGGAGCGGGAGCUCAGCCCUCCCUUGGAGCAACUGAUUGAUCGUAUGACUAAUACAGUAGAAGCAGAUGCAACCAAAGAUGAAGGUUAUGAAGCUCUGGAUGAAGCUGCAGAUGAUGAACAUAAAGGCAAUAUUGAAGUUAUACAGUCUUAUAGAGAUGUCAUGAAGCUUUGCGCUACCCAUCUGCCAACCCAGUCAGAUGCGCCAAAUCACUAUCAAGCGGUAUGUCGCGCACUAUUUGCUGAAACAAUGGAGUUGUACACAUUCUUGGCCAAAAUUAAAAGUGCUAGAGAGAAUUUAAAGAAAAUGCAGGAAAUGGACAAAGAAAGAAAUAAAGACUCUAGCACUGAUCUUGAUGAAUUAAAAACUGCUGAUUGGGCACAGUUUUGGGUUCAAGUUAUGAGAGAUUUGCGAAAUGGCGUAAAACUUAAGAAAGUUCAAGAACGUCAGUACAACCCUCUUCCCAUAGAAUAUCAGCUCACGCCAUAUGAAAUGUUGAUGGAUGAUAUUCGAUCCAAGCGCUAUACUUUAAGAAAAGUUAUGGUCAAUGGGGAUAUUCCUCCACGAUUAAAAAAGAGUGCCCAUGAAAUUAUCUUGGACUUCAUUCGGUCUCGACCUCCAUUAAAUCCUGCAUCUGCAAGAAAACUGAAGCCAACUCCACCACGGCCACGUAGCCUCCAUGAAAGAAUUCUGGAAGAAAUAAAAUCUGAAAGAAAGCUAAAACCUGUUUCACCUGAUGAGGUCAGGCGUAAUAGGCUAGAUGUACCCACAUCAGCAGCUUCCCAAAAGCUAUUAGAAAGCUGUAUAGCGAAUGGCAGCUUGGAAUCCAAAGCAAAGGUAAAUGGCCUAGGUACAACAAUGAAAUUAACGGUGCAGCGGAAGAGACUUUUGAAAGCUCCCACUUUGGCUGAACUGGGUAGCUCAGAUUCAGAGGAGGAGUCUAUACCCAAAUCAGCCAGUAGUGGUAGUGUUUCUCCCUCCCAGAUGGAAGAUGUGUUUCUGGAGACCACAUCUGGAAAAAAGAUGCCUCCAAAAUUCUUGCCAAUAUCAUCUACACCACAGCCAGAAAGGAGACAACCACCUCAGAGACGACAUUCGAUUGAGAAGGAAACGCCAACCAACGUACGGCAGUUCUUGCCUCCCACAAAACAGAGCUCCAGAUCCCUUGAAAACCCCAUAUUUCUGUUGUUGUUUGGUCUUAUGAGAAUGAGGAGACUUCUUGUUCCAAGGAAGACCCUUUUUGCAACCAUAUAUACAACUUCUCAGCUUAGUUCUCAUCCUUUUGAAGCAGCUUUGUUUGGAAUGGCCAGAACUGUGUAUUAUCUAUGUGAAAGAGUUUUUAACCAGUGGAAAGCCUCAAAGGAGGAGUUUUGCUACCCAGUGGAAUGCCUGGCUCUCACAGUGGAAGAAGUAAUGCAUAUCCGUCAAGUGCUGGUAAAGGCAGAACUAGAGAAGUAUCAACAAUACAAAGAUGUCUAUACUGCCCUAAAGAAGGGAAAGCUCUGUUUUUGUUGUCGCACAAGAAGAUUUUCUUUCUUCACUUGGUCCUAUACUUGUCAGUUUUGUAAAAGGCCUGUAUGUUCACAGUGCUGUAAAAAAAUGCGCCUACCAUCAAAGCCAUAUUCCACCCUUCCAAUUUUUUCCCUGGGACCUUCUGCUUUACAGAAAGGAGAAAGCUUUAUGAGGCCUGAUAAAACUCCCAUCAGCCAUCAUAGGUCACUGAAGGGCAUACCAAGGUUGUCCUCAAAGUCAAAGUCUGUAGAUAAGUCAAUUGAAGAACCAUUUUUUCCAAAAGAACUCAUGGAGGACUGGAGCACCAUGGAAGUGUGCGUGGACUGCAAGAAGUUCAUUUCGGAAAUCAUUAAUUCAAGCCGCCGCAGCCUCUCUCUGGCUAACAAACGAGCCAGAUUAAAAAGAAAAACACAGUCAUUCUACAUGGCAUCUCCAGGCACUUCAGAAUACUCUCCUUCUGAGAGGACUAUCAAUGAAAUCUGAGUCUUGUGCCUUUCUCCUUAUUUACUCUUCAUGAGAUCCCUAGAAAACUCAUCAAAACCAGAGCAUCAUUCUUUCCUUUGUUCUACUUGAUCAUUUACAUUUUCAUUAGCUUAUUGGUUUCCCUGCUCUAUAUAAUUUAUAAAAAGAUAAGAAAUUGUCCUACCACAAGGCCAGCGAAUAUGCUUGUUUUAUUCGAGGAAAGCAACUAUACUAGAUUGUUGUCUACUUGUAUAUGUUCAGUGUACAAAGGAAGUCUUUAUUUGUACUUUUCCUAUUUAUCCCUUAGUUAUUUUUAAGAUGAGUGUCUAUGUAUGUAUGUAUAUAUAUAUAUGUAGAUAGAUCUAAAGAAAAACUAAAUUAUGGUGUUAGUAUAUUUUAAACCAUAUUGGCAUUUGCUACCAGUUAAAUAUUAAUCAUAUUUUGUUAACUUGAUGUACCUAGUCCCCUAUUGUACAGAACUUGAUAUCUUAUAGCACAAGAUUAAGAAGGAUUUGCUAAUAUGCUGGAAAUGGUUCAUCAAUCCAUACCAUCUCAGUCUUAGUAUAAAAUACUGAAUAAGCUGGAAGCCUGAAUGGGUAAUUAUUUUCCUGCAGCUUCUGCUAUACUAUAAUAAAAUUAGUCUGUUCAAAAUAAUAUUUUUUUCUCCUGUUUGGAAUGUACUCUGAAUAUUAGUGAUAGUGUUACCUGUAGCUUUUAUAAAUAAACAAAAGAAAACCCUUUAUAGAGACAGAAUGCAUUAUAAGUUUAGUUUUUAAUAUGAAUGAACUUUUGUAAACUAGGGUUCUCUGGGUAAUAAUCCUGAGAAAGUUAAGAUAAAUAUGUAUAUUUGUAUUAUAGAGCAAUACGUAAGUACUGCUGUAGCUAAGAAUAUGGGAGCAUGUCUAUUAUUAACCCCAUUUUUACAGGGGUAAGUAUCUUGGCUGUAAAGAUUUUUUUCCUGGAAAUUUAGGACAAUGUGUCUCGGAUUAAGAAGUGUUUUUGUUUUCUGGUUUUCAAAAGGUUGGAGAAACACUGAAUGUUUUUAAGUUAAAAUACUACUGAACAUCACAUUUUUGCACUGUUUUAUAGUCAGAUUUUUUAAAACAAAACUGGCGCUUAGUAUGGAUUUGGGUUAUUUUUAUAUAUAUAACAGCCCAUUUAAUCUGUUUGCAAAUCAUCUGUGGAAUUACUCUGCUAUGUUUUAAUGACCUAGCUUAUGUUUAGAAUCAAAAUACAAUAUAUGAUGGGAAAAGGUUGCAUUUUUAUAUUGUAAAGAGAAUGAGUGACACCUCAGUUCACUUCCAAAAUAGGCAAAAUUUUCUAUAUAAAUUACCAACCAGAUAUUUAUGAAAUAUACUAUCAAAAUUUUUGUCAUCUUAAUCCUUGAGCGUUAAUAUUUUGAUUUGAUUAUUCCUUGAAUACCCCAAACAAUUUACUGUUACAUAACCUAUCUGAAAUUCUGAAUAUUAAAUUUAAUAUCCAAGGAUCAAGAAUUCAUCUAUUUUGGGGAUGAAUAUUGGGCUCCCAUAGAAACUGUCACAACAAAUUGUAGAUGACAAACAUCUUGUGAUGAACUAACUAUAUAAAAAAGUAAUAAAAAUAAGUCAGCAAUCUUUCGAAGAAAGAGGCAUUAUUAUGCAAUAUCCCAAAUAAAUAUUAAAUAAGGCAUAAUUUUAGAAAAUUAAAUAGCUAAAAUUUCAUGCAUAAUACAACAAAUCUUGAAAGAUUUGAUGAUCCUACAAGAUCAUAGAUAUUUGAAAUUUAUUGAAAACUAUGUUAGAGUUGUGAUAACAUGAGCGAUUACUGACAAGCUCCAAGAUAAUUAGUAAUCAUUUCUGUUAAUCAGCAAAUAAUUUCUUAGGUUCUUUGCUCUCUUUAACUUAAAAUCUACACACACAUUCUAUCAUCAAGCUGGUAGUCCUUAUUACCCUGAGUUAUCUAGAAUCUUUCCGUAUUGUACAUUCACUUCCAAUGCAGCUGAACUUCUAGCUAUAUCACCUAGUUCUCAUUACAAAAUAAAAAUAGGUUAUUUUUAUCUACAGAAGCCAUCUUUUGAAAUGUAGGCUACAAUACUUUAAUAAAAUUUAAUAAAAUAUUACAGGAUUUUAUUAAAUCCUCUUUAUCAACAAAGAUUUUCCAUAGUUUUCACAUUUUUUUGUGUUUUAUGUGGGGCCAAGGAGAACAUAAAAAGUUAAGUAUUAUAUUAAUAUAUCAAUUUAUUUCCUAGCAAAGUAUUUACAAAAUUCUGGUAUGUGAGAUUAACCUGAAAUGUUUAGGACAAUAGUUGGAUAGUUGCCUACAUAUAUUUGAUGUACUAAUGAAAUGAAUGAAUUAAAGAUUUUGUAUUGGGCUGCACAGGAGAAAUAUAGGUAAUCCUUAACUACCACAAUUGGGAUUGGAGUUUCCAUUGCUAAGCAAGUUAAAUGAGAUGCCCAAUUUUACAAUCUAUUUUGCAAAAGUUGUUAGAUGAACCACUGCAGUUAAGGGAAUCACGCAGCUGUUAAGCAAAUCCACUUCCCCCCCAUUGAUUUUGCUUGUUGGAAGCCAGCUGGGCAGAUCACAAAUGGUGAUCACAUGAUCCCAGGACAUUGCAACCAUUGUUAAAAUACAUGCUGGCUGCCAAGUGUCUGGAUUUUAUUUUGAUCACAUGACCAUGGAGAUGCUGCAGCAGUCGAAAGUGUAAGUCACUUUUUUCAGUGCCUUUUGAAUAGUCCUAAAAUGAAUGGUUAUAAGUUGAGGUCUAUCUGUAUUCAGCAGUUGUAUAUAGACAAUGUUUUACCAAUUUGUACUAAAAAAAAUAGUUUACUCCAAAAUUCCAUACUUCAAACUAAAAAAUGAAUAGACAGUUGUAAUAUUUUCCAUUUUCCUGAUCUGUAACUACCCCCGUCAUAAUUACAUUAUGCUUACAUUCACAGUAUAAAUGUCAGAACUGAUUUAAAUAGCUUAUUUUCUAUUAAGGCAAAGUCUACUGAAGAAGAAAUUGUAUAAAUGAAAAUCUAUUACUUCCCUUUUCCAUUUUUCUUUAUAGCUGGUCUUAAAUCUGUUUAUAUAUUAUCCCCUAGUAAUUGCUUAUCAACAUAUGCUAUGUAAUUCAAAAUCAACUCCAGUGUAAGGUCCCAUAAAUUAAAAAACAAAUACAUUCAUAGGAACAUUGUCAUCUGGCUGGAAUUUUAUUAAACUGAGGCUCUCUUCUCUACCUCAAAUUGUUUUGUAAUUUAAACCCAAGUUAAUGCUUUGCCAAUGCACAGACUCUUCCAGCAAUUUGGCUGCUUUGAAGGUUUUCACAGUGUGUCUCUGCAUAAGAAAAAGUUUUCAAAAUAUUUGUCCUGAACCUUACAGAGAAUAUGGCGUCAAUGCAGAAGGGUAUUUAGCUUGUACUGGUCCACUUUGUGAAGUGAUUGUUUUUUUAAUGCUUUGCACAAAUGUCAUGUGCCUAAUUGGUUGAGAAUAUGACAAAGCUGUUUCACAAGCCAAAUGUUCCAUGACUGCAUGCUUUCAAAAGAAAAGUACACCCCAGGAGGGAAAAAUCAAAUAGAAGACUUGGAUUACUGUACAGAUUCUGAAAGCACAUCUGAUCAUCACGUGAUGUGUGUCAAAGUUAAAUGAACCAUUUGCAAGUUACGUAUUUCUGUUAUUUGCAUUCCUAUGGUUUAUAUGAGUUCCCUUUUCUGUUUCCAAGAUAAAUUCUUGCCAAAAGUGGGAAACGUAAAAAAAAGACCAUCACUAAACCUAGAUUUGGCAGCCACUACACUUUCCAACCAAUAAGAGAAUUAGAUGAACUCUUGGGUGAGAUGAACUCUUGGGUGGGUCAGAAUCCUAUCCUACCACUCACUAGGAAGGGACGUCAAGCAAAUGUCUUUCUGCAGUUCAAUGCUAUUCACAAGUGAAACAUAGGAAACCUUAAGACAUUCCAGCAUCUGACCUUGUAUCACAAUACUGUAAUCUGCACUAAGCUUCAAAGCCCAUUGGCAUGUAUUGAACUGUACUUUUUAAAUGCAUGAAGAUAUGUAAAAUAAGAAAAUACAAUGUCACUUUAACAACUAUGGAUUGGAUACAGAAGUCCUUGAUUUGGCUGAAUCCAUAGGGAAAAGCCACAUAUACAUAGCACAAUUCUUUUUGCCAAUGUCCAUUUCUCAAAAUUUGAUCUGGAAGACUGGGGAAAUCCUAAACCUUUAAUGAGAUGACAGAGAGAGCUGCUAUAGAAAUUAGGUACUCAGCUUUCCACCAGCAAGAAUCCUUUGCUGGAAACUGCUACUGUCAAGAACAAUAAUUCUUCGCUUGUACAGAGAUGACUCUAUAUUCAAAUUAAGAUAAUGAUAUUCACAUUUUAGAUUUUGUUCCUGACUGAAGACUUUUUUUUUUUUUUUGCAAAUGAAGCUAUUGCAAAAAAGCUUUGAGACAUGUAUCUGAAGGGAAACUAUUGUCCUUUUUUUCUUCAUUGACUUCCUUCUGUUUUGAAUCUUGCUUUCUGAGAGGGCUUUGCUCACCUGGAAAUUCAUCCAGGCCAAGGGUAGAAGAAAAUCAUAAUAUGGUAAAAAUAGGAACAAAUGAAAAUCAAAUGCAUGAAGGAUUAUUGGAGAAAGUUGAGUUUACUAGAGCUGGAUUUAGAAUACUGAGUAAAGCCAUUGUAUGUUACAGUGAUAUUUUUAAAAUGAUAAGGCUUCAUCGCUUGAUUAUACUCAGAAAGUACUUAUUGCUGCAGUGAUGACUUUAUCUUGCACUAUAAAUGAGAAAAUGAUGGUAAUGAAACAGAAGUUAUAUAGCCUUCUUUUCUGCCAGUAGACAAUAUGUUUGGGGAAACAAGUCAAAAUCAUUUUUUUACUUUUUUCCUACUAUCUUCUACGUAGCUGUUUUUUAAAAAAACAAUACAAUACAGGUCACCAAAAGUCAGGAUGCUUACAAGGAAAAAAAUUGCACACUUGUUUAGUUUUCUUUAUUGUGUUUCUGAACCUGCAAUGGUACCUGGCAAUGAUUUGAAAAGGAAGCACAACUGUAAAUUCUUUAAUCUACCUUAUGUCACCAUGCUGGCUACCCUGAUGGAUAACGAUUUGUAAAUGAAAAAGGCAAUAAUUCUUUUUCUGCUUGUUUUCCUUUUACAUAAUAUUCACCUGCAGUUUAUGGAUUAUUAAACUCAUAAAAAAGUUGUAA